AUGCUCCUCCCCAUUGUUGCAGCAUCUGUCACAGACGAAUCUAGAACACAAGUCAUUUUCCUAGUCCAGGUCCUCACCAUUGUCUUGGAGUUUAUGGUUGGCCCUCUCGCUGCACUUCUUCUGGAAUGGAUCGGGCCUUGUCCCACUCUUGCGAUGUCAAUUCCAAUUCGGCUACUGGCUUUAUCUUUUUGGCAUUUAUCACCUAUCAAGAGUAGCAACGUCACUCACAGAGAGCAAGCAGAAUCCGUUGGCCAGUCUAGACUGUCCGCUUACCACCAGUUGCAAAAGGCAAUUGUUGACCUGAUGCACUAUGUCCGAUACGACAUGGGUACCAUUUUUACUAACCGCUCAGUCAUCGUUGAUCUGGUGGCCAUGCUUAUUGCUAAGGUUGGCCGUCCCAUAGAGGAUCUGAUGGCGCAGUUUUUAAGUGCCAAGUUCAAAUGGCCAAUUAGCAAGACCAAUAUGCUUCUUUCUAUCGGUACCGCUGCUCAAAUACCGUGGUACCUUGUUGCGCUUCCAGCUCUGAGCGGCUGGCUGCAGCGACACAAAGGUGACGCUAUUCAAGCUAACCGUGCCUUGGCCAUCAUCCUGGUGUCCUUCUUAUGGCUUGGCAUAUUGGCCAGGGGUCUAGCACCAACCAUUAACCUGUUCAUUGUUGGCGAGUAUCCAGAAGCCAGCAUUGCAUGGUGA